GCUAAAUGUAAUACUAACCAGCAUACUAAUCACCUUAACAAUAUUAUGUUAACCCUGGAUAGAUUAAUGUAAUUAUAUAACCAGAAAUAGACUUCAUUCAAUUCAGGAUUAGAGGCAAUAUCAAGAUGUCCAAGUGUUUAUAUCAAAUAACGUCCUGAUUAUUUAGAAUCUUUAGGAUUCUGUGAGAAAAAAAAUGUUUAUUAUGUUUAUUAAUCUGAUACCUUGGGAAAUAAACCUGAUUUUAAGCAUUAAGCUCCAAUUUUUAAAUGUAAGGAGGAGAGUAGUUGUUGGUAAAGAAAUUUUCUUCCAGGAGCUUGCCGUGCAUUUGAUCUCAAAGUCAAAUAAUAUGACUAAAAAUAAAACACAAAUACAGUAUUUAGAUUGAGUAGAGAAUUCAAAUGUACAUUCCUUUGCUUAGCUCGGUAAACAAAAAAUAUAAUUUCAGACCUAUGAUGGAGGUUUAAUUAGAAAAUGGAGGCAAAAUAGGCUAUAUAUGUUAUCCCUUUAUGUGCUGCGAUAAAGGAGUUGAAAUAAGAGAUGAAAAUAACACUUUAUAAUAUUCUGUAAAAGGAAGCUGCUGUUAAUGGCCAUUUUUAGUAUAACUACCUUGUGAAACAUGCUAAAGAGCAAGGUUUGAUAUAACUGAUUCGCAAGGACAGGUACUCUUAAUCAAUAUAUGUUAAGAAAGUUUCAGAAUUAUGGAAAGAAUCUGCUGGAUUUUGUAAUGCACUUUGUAAUGUGGAUGCAACAAAUUUUAGAUUAUAAUUUCCUUAGUAAUCAACAAGUAGAUAAAAGGCCCUACUAUUGGCGGCUGCCUUAUUCAUUGACUUUAAUUAUUUCGAAGAAUCACCACAAGAUUAGAAUAACGAUUCCAUAUGAUUUUAAAAAUAUUUAGAUUAAAUAAUUUAUAGUCAUAAUCGUAAC